AUGCAGACGUUGCCGUGGCAACAGGCCUUUCGAGCCGAGGAGUUUGCCGUUUCUUUGCCCCAGGCUGACCUGCUGGAUUUGGGCGCGUUAUGUUGCGCCAAGAAGUAUCGCAAGGAAGCGCAGAGGCCAUCAGCGAAGGAGAUGGUGAAUGCUGCUGCCUGCAUGGAGAAGGGGCUUUACGAGGAGGGCGGCAAGUGCGCGAGGAGCGCGCUUGCAGGCUUCCAAGGCGACACACUGGCGAUGGUUGAUGCGAUCCGCCUCAUCGUUUACGCACAUACAGCGCAGGGCAAGCUGAAAGAUGCCCACGUGGCGGCAUACGCGCAGCUGGAAGGCUUUUGUGCCCAGUCUGACAAGGCUGGCGAGGCGCGAAUGCUUCUGUUGCUGGCACACAUCAACCUCGACAAGCGAGGAAGCAGAAACAGGGAGCGCGCCAAAGAGUGGGCCCUGCGGGCGCGCCAGCUCUUUGCGGAGAGAGAGGAGACUAAGUUGGAGGCCCAGGCCCUGCUGGCCCUGGUAAACGUGGUCCUGAAGGAUCGCAGGGACUGUUUUGCAGCAGCCGAAGAGACAAAGCAGCUCGUGGGUGCCGCGGUCCCGCUGCUGCGGUCCGUGAAGGAUGUGGCGGGGGAGGGGGUGGCGAUGCACGGCCUGGCCUGGGAAGAGAAGUAUGUGCCUGGCAAGGGCCUGGACCGCGGCGCCAAUGCGCGUUUGAGGGCACGCCAGGCGGAGGUUGAGAAGAAGCCGGAGGGUCUCGAUGCGGAGUUGCCCGGGAAGGACGGCUCCUCGCAGACGGACUUCUUAUUGGGUAACGGGGCGCAGAAGGUCGCCAGGUGUGGCAAGUGCACACGACCUCUGGACCCCGCUGCCGUGGAGUCGAAGGUCUUCCUUUGCUCGCGCUGCUCCGGCCGGGAGGGAGGGCGUUGGCUGGGCAAUUGGAGUGUUUCCUGA